UCUGUGAGGCAGAUAGAGUGCGACAGAAACAGCAGCAGUGUGUUUGUGUGUUAGUACAGUGAUAAUGGAAGACAGUGAGUGUAAAACUGCAGUACUGCGAGAUUUCUGUGCUGAACACACUUUAUUAUCCAAACCUGACGGUUCAGCUACAUUCAUACAAGGAGACACCAAUGUGUUAGCAGGAGUGUAUGGACCAGCUGAGGUGAAAGUGAAUAAGGAGAUCUAUGAUCGAGCUACGUUGGAGGUCUUAAUCCAGCCUAAAGUGGGCAUGUCAAGUGUUCGAGAGCGGGAGAGGGAGCAGUGUGUACGGGAAACAUGUGAAGCUGCUCUUCUGUCUACCCUCCAUCCUCGUUCUUCCUUCACCCUCAUCCUCCAGGUGGUCCACGAUGAUGGCUCAUUGUUGGCGUGCUGCCUUAAUGCUGCAUGCAUGGCUCUGAUGGAUGCCGGGCUGCCAAUGAACCGACUGUUCUGUGGCGUAACAUGUGCUAUUGAUGCUGAGAACCGAAUCAUUACAGACCCCACAGCUCAGCAGGAAAAGGAAAGUCGAGCGCUGUUGACAUUCGCAAUCGACAGUAAAGAUCACAACGUCAUGAUGUCAUCAACCAAAGGGUCUUUCUCUGUCAAAGAGAUGCAGCAAUGCAUAGCCGUCAGUCAAAAAGCUUCUGAGCAGAUCUUCCAGUUUUACAGGGAUUCAGUGAAGCGGAGAUUCUCCAAAAUAUCCUGAAACGCUUUCACACAACAUUCAUUCUAGUUUUUAUAUUAAAUGUACUUCUUUCAA